AUGCACCAGCCACAAACCAUUCCAGCCAGCGCAGCUGUGAAUGAUGCGCCUUGUAUUUUCCCUUCUAUCGCCGGACGGUAUACGGAUAAGAUCAAGUUCGAUGAUCAUGUUGUUAGAGCUCUGCAAGGUCUUGCUUGCGGGGGCGCAACACGCGUCCAUUUAGCCUUGUCAGCCGUGUGGGCAAUUGGGCUCUGGCGAUUUGCUGAAUGCGAUACACCUCGAUUUCGAGUCCGGAUGGAACGGGAUGUAUCCAACAACGGCAAUCCACGUAUAUUCGGAACGCCGAUUGACCCAGCCAGACCCGUUUCCUGGUUGUUUGAUGAAAAGAAUUGGGAGAGAUGCAAUGUUACCGCUGACCACACAGCAGCGCUCGUUAAUACGGAAAUGGUGGUUGGGGCUGCGUCUGAUAUGGAUGCGCAUCGAGUGAGCUUAGCACUGCACCUGGGCCAGGCGCCGACGGUGCUUACACUCGUAUACAACUCUGGGCAUCUAUCGGAGCAAUAUGCUCGACACUUGGUGUCCGGAUUGUCGCACGCAGUGGGUUCUAUAGCCCGCAAUCCUGCCCAGCCCAUCGACCAGGUCGACUUCUGCUGCCCUUCUCAGAGAGCCCAGGUGGCCUUCUGGAAUCGAACACCUCUCAUGCAUCCCACAGACGGCUUUCUCUUCCAGUAUGUAGACCGACAGGCUCGCAUGAAUCCAACCGGAGUGGCCGUGGAUUCCUGGGAUGGUUGUCUGACCUACCAUGAGCUGCGGGAUCUUACGGAUCGGGUUGCCAACUAUCUCCAAACCCGCGGGGUUCAAGGGGGGGUUCUGGUUCCUGUGUGCUUUGAAAAGUCUCUCUGGGCCAUCGCGGCCAUGCUGGCGGUCAACAAGGGAGGGGGGGCAUUCGUCCCAUGCGACCCAGCGUAUCCAGAAAGCCGACGACGAGCGAUUGUUGAGAAGACGAAAGCCCAGGUCAUUCUCGUGUCCGACCAGACGGCAUCACUGUUCUCUUCAUUUGACAUCCCCACUAUUGUGGUCUCAGCCUCGACCUCCGCGCAAUGGACUCUCUGUGAAAACGGGCCAGCUGCCUGUGCCACCCACGACUCUCCUGCAUAUUGCUUUUUUACAUCUGGGAGUACUGGAGAGCCGAAAGGCUGUCAGGUGAGCCAUCUGGCGCUUGCAAGUGUCUCUCAGCACGUCGACGCAUUGCAUCUCCGGAAGACGAGCCGAAGUCUGCAAUUUGCCUCGUACUGUUUUGGAGUCUCCCUGAUCGAACUCUGGUGUACUCUUGUCUCGGGGGGAACGAUAUGCAUCCCAUCAGAUCAUGAGCGUCUCCACUCGCUGGCCGAGUUCCUGGUGCAGAAGCAGGUGAACUGGGCCCUUCUGACUCCCACGGUCCUGGAAACACUGAGCCCAGCCAACAUCGGAGACAUAGAUCUGCUGAUUGCCGGAGAAGCUUUAGAGCCACAUCACAUCACCACCUGGGCACCAGCUGUCCGCCUGUACCAGGCGUACGGGCUAACGGAGUGGGCUGGUAUCUUUGCGGUUUCACAGAGAAUUGUCUCACUUCAGGAUAGAGGCAGUGUCGGCCUCCCUGUGAAUGGCACGGCGUGGGUGGUGGACCCCUCAGACCACCAAAAACAUGCUCCAAUUGGUGCGGUUGGCGAGCUAUUGAUUGGAGGUCCUAGCCUUGCAGACGGAUAUCUGAAUGAUGCGGUUAGGACGGACCAUGCAUUUGUCUCUGGGCCCUCAUGGUCCAUGAAGCUGGCCAACCUCAGCGAGCCACAGAGAGUGUAUAAGACCGGAGAUCUGGUGCGCUAUGGUGAGGAUGGGUCCAUCCGGUAUGUGCGGCGAAAUGACAAUCAGGUCAAGAUCCGUGGCCAACGCCUAGAAAUCGGUGAAGUAGAGUCCAGGAUUAGGCAAUGUUUACCAUCCACCAGGAAGGUAAUAGUGAUGGUGCAUUCCUUUUCUGGCGAGCGAGUUCAGCAGCAAAGCCUGGUCGCUUUCGUCCUGCUCUCUGCUUCAAGCACGGUUCAGAAGGCGCCAUCACUAUCCCAUGGCGGUCUCCGUUUCGUUGAGGUAAACGAUAACUGGCGAUCUCUCGUCCAGGGCUUGGAAAAGCGACUCCAAUUCCUGCUGCCUGGCUUUAUGGUCCCUCAGAUGUUUCUCCCAGUCAGCAGUAUCCCCACGACCAUCACCGGCAAAGCAGACCGCCGAACAUUAUGUCGGGAGGCAAACAGUCUACCCUAUCAUGAGCUUCACAGGCUAGCCGGCCUUGUCACGGAAACUCGAGCACCGCUGAGUGACCAGGAAGAGCAAGUUCAUCGAGCAGCGGCAGUAACACUGGGGUUAGAGCCCGGGCACUUUGGUAUGCUGGACAAUUUCUUUCACUUGGGGGGGAAUUCGGCAGUCGCCGUCAAGCUCGUCAUCCACUUGAGAAAGAAAGGCCUGAACGUCGGUAUUGCUGACAUCUACAACAAUCCUGUUCUAAGGGACCUAGCUGUGGCAGCAGGCCAGCAUGAUCCAGCACAGUCUAAACAAUCAAACGGCGUGGAAGCUGACGUUGACAUGGGACACCUGCCUGGAAUGAAGGCAGCAGUAAUGGAACAGACUGGACUCCCAGAGGAUCAAAUCGAAAAGAUAUACCCUGCCACCCCCUUCCAGGCCGGACUGGUCGCGAUGACAGGCCGCAGUCCUCGGCUAUGUCAGGCACAAGUAACGUGUGAGCUGCGCCCAGGCGUCGAAAUCGAGGCCUUUCAGGCCGCGUGGGAGCGCGUAUUCCAGAUGAACGAUAUCUUACGCACACGGUUCGUGAUAUCUCCCUCGCAUGGAACAAUGCAGGUCGUCACCAAGGAAGCUCUGCACUGGUAUCGGGUUGAUACUAUGAGUGCUUGCGCUCGUCACAUCGGCUCGCGUGAGAUGGGCAUUGGCGGCCGCCUUGUCCACUCCUACCUAGUCCCAACCGCCGCCGACGGACAAACAUGGUCCUUCAUUGUGGUCUUGCAUCACGGACUGUGUGAUCAGUGGUCAUUCCGCCUCUUGUUGAAACAGAUAGAAGCGGCCUACAGGAACCUUCCAGUAUCACGCCACCUGUUCAACCCGUUCGUGAGCUACAUGGCCAGAAUCCAGGAUCAAUUCAAGGAGUACUGGGUGAAGGAGCUCGACGACGUGCAAUCCGUGGCAUUUCCCGCAUUGCCAUCGCCACAUUACAUUCCGGCAGCGACCGAGGAGCUCACCUUUAUGAUGGCGCUACCUGGUAGAUCUACCAGGAGCUACACGAUGUCCAGCUACCUGACUCUGGCGUGGGCACUGGUCACUUCCUAUCAUACGGGCUCUAAUGAUAUUGUCUUUGGGCUUACAGUCAACGGUCGAGGAGCAGCCGUGGACGGAAUAUCGGAAAUAGUGGGCCCAACCAUUGCAACCAUCCCACGGCGCAUCAAGCUAUCGCCGAAGGAUAGUAUCAUGGCAAGACUCUCGCAAGUUCAAAUCCAAUUGGUGAAGGGGAUUCCUUUUGAGCAGGCGGGACUGCAUAAUAUACAAAAGUAUAGCCCAAGCACAAGGAGGGCUUGCAUGUUCCAGAACCAACUGAUCAUCCAGCCGCCAUCUCAACCUCCUACAGAUACCGGACCGUGGGAAGACUUCAAAUUUUCCGCCACUGCCGUAGGAGGGUUUUCCGCAUACGGACUUUCUAUCGAGUGCUUGACAGCCCUCGAGGACCGGGAAUGCAAAGCCGUGGUGACUUUUGAUCCUGCCAUGAUUGGUCGCGGAUAUGUCCAUCGGCUGAUGCAGCAUACGGAGCUUGUCUUGCAGAGACUCCUAACGAACAGUCGUCAGAAGGUUGGGGACAUCCCGCGAGUAACGCAGCAAGACUGGGACUGGCUGCAGAGAUGGAAUCGCGACAUCCCAUCGGCUCCCACGGAUUGUGUUCACGACCUAAUUCAAAAAAGACACCUCGCGGCACCAAAUGCCCUAGCUGUGAUGUCUUGGGAUGGAAACCUUUCCUACUCCGAGCUUACGACGUUAUCGGACAAACUGGCAGGCGAGUUACUUCUUCAUGGUGUCAAACCUGGGAUGCCCAUUCCUCUCUUAUUUGAAAAGUCAAAAUGGACAACCGUGGCCAUCCUGGCCACCAUCAAGGCCGGCUGUGCGUUCGCGUUGUUAGACCCUAUAUUUCCACUGCGCCGGCUUCAAGCUAUCUGUUCUGAUAUAGACGCCCCGUGUACAAUCUGCUCCGAAGGCCAGGUUGGCCGAGCAGAUAAGCUCACUGGGAGAGUUAUUGGCGUGUAUGACACUGCAGCCUUCUGGGGAAAGAAGAAUCCGACGCGCCUGCCAGUGGUACAGCCACAAGACCCGCUGUAUCUUGUCUUUACAUCGGGGUCGACAGGAACCCCAAAAGGCAUUGUCAUUGACCACCAGUCAUACUGUUCCAGCUCCAAAGCUCAUAAUAAGGCUCAUCUGGUUGACGAGUCCUCUCGGGUGCUUCAGUUUGCCUCAUAUGCGUUUGAUGUCAGCAUCAUGGAAUCGCUUAGCACCCUUCUGGCAGGAGGAUGUAUCUGCGUCUUGUCGGAGUCAGAACGUCGCGAAAACUUGGCAGGCGCCGUACAGCGCUAUAGGACUACACAUGCGUUCUUGACACCUUCUACUACUCGACUUCUAAUGCAUCAGGAUAUUGCAUCCCUCCGCGUCAUUGUCAUGGGCGGUGAAGUGAUGUCCCCAGCAGACAGUAGUUAUUGGGUGGACAGGGUCCAUCUGAUCAAUGAAUAUGGAGUUGCUGAAUGUUGCGUCGCAUCCACCGCACGCCAUAUCACGCGGGCUGAUGACCCCGUCAAAGAUAUCGGCUUUCCCUUGGGGGUGGCGACCUGGGUGGCAGACCAGACAGACUAUCGUCGUCUUGUCCCCAUCGGAGCCGUUGGUGAGCUCCUGGUUGAAGGUUUCAGCAUUGGUCGUGGAUAUCUCAACAAUCCCGAAGCGACAGGCAAAGCGUUUGUUCAGGCCCCGGAUUGGCUCACUGCUCUUCGACAAGGCAAAGCCACGAGGAUAUACAGGACUGGUGACCUGGUCCAACAGAACGAGGACGGAUCGCUGCUUUUCCUCGGCCGGAAGGACGCCCAGUUCAAGAUCCGCGGCCAGAGAUUCGAGCUGGAAGAGGUCGAAUACCAUAUUCGAGGCUUCAAGGGGGUGCUCGAUGUUGUGACAGUGGUCGCAGCUCCUUUGGUGGAACAGGAAGCGCCACGACUAGCUGCAUUCAUCGCCCAGAGGGACGCCGACAACACGCUCAGGUGUCAAGAAACGUCUGCUGGAGCCACGUUCCUUGCACCGCCCACAGAGAGCUUCCAGCAUCUGACCGAUGAGAUCCAAACUGGAUUGCACUCCAUUCUUCCGGACUAUAUGGUUCCGUCGAUCUACCUUCCUGUCACCAGUGUACCGAAAACCGACAGUGGAAAGGGGGAUCGGCGGAGGCUGAAGGAGGUGAUUGAGCAACAUACAUGGGCCGAGCUGAUUCCAUGCGGCGCCUCCAGCCUCUCCAAGGCGAAGCCCUCAACCGACGUCGAGGAGAGACUCCACGCGACCUGGGCGCAUGUUCUGGGACUCUCGGGCGACAGCAUUGGGGUGAAUAACAGCUUCUAUGACCUGGGGGGUGACUCCGUCAGUGCCAUGCAGGUCGUCGCCCAGGCACGCUCUCGUGGCCUUGUGCAUUCUACCCACCAUAUCUUGCAGCUGAAAACAAUCGCGGCGAUUGCCAAAGAGGCAGUCGUGACUGCAAGCCCACAAUCACUCAUGCAGGACGACGUUACGAAUGAGUUGUUUGAUCUGUCCCCCAUUCAGCUAUUCUUCUUCGAAAAGUAUCCCGAUGGCACAUCACGAUUCAAUCAGACGAUGCUCGUCCAUGUCCAGCAGCCGGUGGCAUCUACCGAUAUUGAACGCGCAGUGACCCAACUGGUCCGCCGGCAUUCAAUACUGCGAGCACGUUACGUUCAGGACGAAGACGGAAAUUGGAAGCAGUACCUUUCGAAAGCCACCAAAGAUUCUUUCAAGUUCCGAUCACAUCUAGUGUCUUCAGAGCAGGAGAAGCGACAGAUCAUCACAGCAAGCCAGGGCUCCCUCGAUAUCGUGCGCGGUCCCGUGUUUGUAGUAGACCUGUUCGAGCUCGGCGGCAAGCAAUGUCUAUUCAUGAUCGGCCAUCACCUGGUCAUUGACUUGGUGUCCUGGCGCAUUAUGCUCGCUGAUAUGGACGCAAUGCUACGGGGCGGUCGAUCGGAGCCGGAACCAGCCAUGUCAUUCCAGGCGUGGUCCCGACUUCAAACAGAGUACGCCCGGAACCAUCUUGAGCCUGCCGAUGUGCACAUGCUCCCACGCAUUGAUCAGCAAUUCAUUGAGAAGUUCUGGGGGGCCUCGGGCAACCCCAAUCUAAUCGGGGAUUCAGAGAGCAAGAUGAUCCGCCUCGAUGACGGAACAACAGACGCCAUCUUCACCCAGUCGAGCCGGGCGUUGGGCGUGGAGCCAGUUGAGCUUCUCCAUGCGGCCCUUCUUUUCUCGUUCAUGCAAACGUUCCCUGAUCGCGCUACCCCUAGCAUCUACGCUGAAGCUCACGGCCGGGAACCGUGGGAUCCAACCAUCGACAUCACCCGCACGGUGGGUUGGUUUACCACCCUCUGGCCUGUCGUCGUCCAACUGGAGACAUUCGAUGACCUGCGAGCCACCAUUGAGAAGGUCAAAGUUGCCCGGCGGCAAAGGACGAAUAACGGCUGGGACUACUUCACGUCAAUCUAUAAGAAUUCCCAGAACAAAGGGCAGAGCGCCGGUAUGCCCCCAAUUGAAAUCACCUUCAACUACGCGGGCAAAUUUCAACAGGCUGAGCACGCCGAUGCACUCCUCCGUAUGGAGCCAUUGUCGAAGCAAAGUUUGUUCGAUGGUGCCGGGGAUCUCGAUCGCUGGGCCAUGUUUGAGAUUAACUCAGUCGUUUCCAGCGGCUGUCUUGAAUUCCACAUGACAUACAAUGCUGCUCUCAGCAAAGACCGGGUCCUGAUGCCGUGGAUUGGGAAUUUGACCGCCUGCUUACACAAACUGGCAACAAACUGGCGAGAUGACUGA